AAUAAGCGAACAGGACGAUCUCGGCAUGACCGACGAGAAGAAGAGGAGUGUGGCCCAGGUGGUUUUCAAAGAGAUCAUCGGUCAGAUCAGAGAACGACGCAUCAAGGAAACGAAGCGAAACAUGGAAUCUCUCGAGAUAGAAAUUACCGAAUCGGACCAUCCAGAUCCCGCACAGGAAGACGUGGAUCUUAAAAAGCGAUUAGAGGAGCAGGCGAUCGAAGGGAAACGGAAAGUUGAAGCUUUGAUCAACAGCUUCGCAGACGGACAAGUCAACGGUGCCGGAACCUCGAGUGGGCACGAUCGAGACACUGAUUCAGCUUCCGCGAAUGGAACUGGAAAUGGCGACACCACGAACUCGGGCGGUCCAGACGGGACAGCGGCCGAGAAGGAGGAGGAUUCGAGCCGAGAAUCGGAAGUGGACGAAAGUUACCUGGACACUGAGUCCUCCGAGAGCGAGAAUAGCGAAGAUGUCGAUUGUGAUGAGAUCAUCCAACGUUACGGUCAAGACAGGGAACGUCCUCGCGUCGAGGUACCAGACCAGUCUGCCGGUCCGUCGAAUGCGACGAAUGGAGAGAUCGUUCCGAACGGAAUCGAGGCGAUGGAGAUAUCCGACCGGGCUUCUGCGGACCCUGAGGCAGCAGGGAUCAAAAGAUCCGCCGACAUCAUUGAGUUGAGCUCCUCAGAUGAGGACGAAGCCGAGGAAUUCGUACGCACCCAAGCGCCGAGGCGGGUCAUCCCGAAGCGACUAACCACUUUGGGAGAACCUUUAGCGAAAAGACACGAGAUCGAAUCGGUGGGAGACAAUGUUGAUGCGGACGUCGAGGAAAGUGCAGGAGAAACGCUUCGGAAAGAGCCCCGCGAGGAAAUCAUCGAGAUAUCCGAUGACGAAACCUAAGUUUCUGCAGUAUCCUAUGGUUCUCAUGAACUCGACUGUCGGUGCCAAAAUCAUGCUCCUGUGUGUUCGGGUUCUUCUCGCUGGUCAAAUGCUGGGGAAUUUCGGAGUCUGAGAGAAAUUCACCGUUUUCUCGCCAUUGAAGUACAAAUAUGAAGGACCUUAUCCCUCUUGGAGCCUCACCAUCACGGCGCCCAGACCCCGGUCGGGAGUCGGGGGACGAUGAUAUUUAUUAACGAGGAUGCAGAACCACGGUCAAAUGCUUCAGAAGC